GGUUUUGAGGUCUGACUGCAAGCCGUUAGACAAUGGUGGCCUCUUGAAAAAGUGCAGUAGUGCCAUAAAAAUCCGAACAAUUAAUACCUUUUCUCCAUUUUUUCCUAAGUUGCAGUUUUACGUUAUGCAUUGUAGCUAGCUCUGUAGAGUCUUCUGUUGAUACAAGAGAGAGAGCGAAGAUUUGUGGCUAUGUUUGAACUAAAUCUGUUCCAAUAGUUGAUUGUUUGGCCUGUCAUGACCACUCCGCCGAGGAGGCUUUUUGCUGAUCGGGAAGGUGAGAGUGCUCUGUCAGUGAGUGCAUUCUAUGGCUGGCUAGACUGUGUCAAGCGUCUUGUGGAAACUGUGGGCCUCAAUCCUAAAGUUGCAGUGAAUCAGGCUGGAGACACUCCUCUCUCCCUUGAGUGUUCCCGUGGUGACCUGGAGAUGAUCAAGGCUCUCAUCAACAAGCAUGUUGAUCCAAAUAAGCCAGUCAACAAGGCUGGUGACACCCCACUCUCUCUGGCCUGUGCUAAUGGCCACUUGGACACAGUCAAGUAUCUUGUGAACCAGCAUCAUUGUGAUCCUAAAAGUAAGUAUUGGUACAUACUUAUGGUACAUCAAUUGCUGCAUCACUCAGUACACUCGUACAUGUACAGGUACAGUCAACAAUGCUGGUGACACCCCACUCUCUCUGGCCUGUGCUAAUGGCCACUUGGACACAGUCAAGUACCUUGUGAACCAGCAUCAUUGUGAUCCUA